AGCAGUGGCUUCACUUUUUAUUUAACUGGAGCCAAAGAAAAAAACAAUACACCCCCAUCAGCACUGAAUCCAUCAUGGCCACCACUACCACCAUGAUCACUACUACUACUACUACUGAAUCGCAAGGGUCUGUACAGAAUUGUCUGAUCUGCUAGAAAUAACAAUCACAUCUCCCUCAAAUUACACUACACCAUCAUAAAAAAGGAGUGUUACAUUAGUUAAUGUAGUCUAAAUACCCUAUGUUUGAAAAAGGAGUGGAUGAUCAUGACUAGAACACUAGUCAAAGUUCAUUUGACUGCUUCCAUCUUGCUAUUGUAACAACUGACCUUGGGCUAACCAACAACAUAUAUAGUGUUUAUUCCUAAUUGUCCAAGCAAUUUCUUAAUCUGUCUUUUUGUUUUCUAUUCUCCAGCAAAUGGAUGGAAACUUACAGACUAUCAGCAUUAGUAACUGGAUGGAACUACCAUCUUUGCCUUUACAGAAAUGGCUAAACAAAAAGAAAACCUCGGUGUCUGAAAAAAACAGGAAAGACAAUCGUGCAACUGUUGCAGAUGUCCGCAACUAUUAUUGCGAUUUUUUAAAAGAAAAGAACAUUUACAAGAAUUUCCGCAAUGGUUAUUUAGUUAGUUCUGUGCAGAAAGUUCUGGACACUUGUGAAGGAAUUGAUUGUGAGAGUGGGGAAGCAAUGCCUUGCUGUCAAAAUGUUAAAGCAAACCAUAAAUUCUUAUGGGAAGUACGUGGACAUAAAGUGAAUGCAAAACGAGGUGAUAGCCAAGAACCUUUACCACACGAGGACUUUUGUUUCCAAAGCAACUCAGUAGUUUUAGCCACAGGUACGACGGACCUACCUAACCGAUUAGGCACCACCGGGGAAAAUCUGCCUUAUGUGGUACACUCUCUUAAACCUUUUGAACAAAUGAUUACCAAAAAAGAGAUUGCAAGUGAUUCUGAUCCUGUUGUUGUUGUUGGUGCUGGCCUGUCUGCUGCUGAUGCUAUUUUGAUGGCUCUCGAAAACAAUAUCUCU